AUGCAGCGAGGGAUGUGCUUCCAGUACUGGCGGAACGGGAUCUGCAGCUUCAAAGAGAAAUGCACAUACCGCCACGUGUACCAUGCCAAGGCGAGUGAAGGAGGGACGGAAGAGCAAGGUGCGAAGCCUGCGGUGGAUGAGAUGGAAGUGGAGGAUUCAGAGAAAAGUAUCAGCGAUGGGCUGGCGGGUUGUCGAACGUCAAAGACACAGAGGGAAGAGAGCGAGCAGAACAAGAAGGAAGUGGGAGGGACUGCGAGGGCACAACGUGUGUCUGAUGCGUCUGAAAUCAAGAGCUUCUCCCCUCGCGAGGCAGGAGCUGCAGGAAGGAAUGGGAACAUCAUAGAAGCAUCAGGGACAUCAGGCCGAGGGCUGGCAGGAGAACAAGACCCAUCAGUUGCUGUGGGUGAGCAGGUAGCGAUACAACGUAGCAGUGCAGACAUGAUGGAAGAUGAGGAUGAACUCUUCGGGCUGAUGAAGGUGGGUCGCGAUGACGAGCGGAAGGUGUGGGUCAAGGCUAUCCUCGAGGCAGUACUCACAUGGACGUUCCUCUCGUUGCCGGAGGCCCGCCAAGUGACGCGGAGCAUUAUCGAGAUUCUCUUGCUCUGUGGGCCCAGGGAGCUCAAGGGGAAGGAGUUGCUAGGGCUCAGCCAACUGAGACAGAACAAGGUUGAAUGUUCGAGCCCCACAAGCUCCUCAUCGCGCAAGAUAAAGUUCCUCUUCAUCGCAGAAAUCGACUGCUCCUCCUGCAGCAACGAGACUUGCUCGCUGCUGCUUCGGGAUCGCUCGGGUUGUUUCAAUGUCCUCUUCGAGGAAUCAACUGUCAUCACUCCAAUGCUCGGGAAACUCCUUCUCGGCAUUUCUUUCAACACUUUUGGAGGAUCAGAAGACUCUGUGAAGCAGUCAUGCUUCAUCGAACUGAAAGGUGACUCUCUGUUAGAUGCGCGAGUGGUCGGGAGAUCGACAGUCUCCUCCACCUACGCAGAUGUUUCUCUUGCUCCUCCUGCUGGUCUGCGGCCUCCUGCACUCUCUCCUUCUCACGCAACCGCAGACUCUGUCAGAGAAUUUCAGCAGAGGCAGAGGAGGGAGGGGAACGUACAGGGGGUGGUCGCCUCUAAGAGCCCCAUCUUCGCUUGCGACUCAGCGGCUGACGCAUUUUUCUUCGUCGAGCUUGCGGAGGACGAACGAAGGGGCGGCAAGGGGAGGAAUCUUCAAGGUUCGGAAGGUGGGGAUGGAAGUCGAGGAGCCGGGGGGAGCAGAAAGUUCAGCUCAAGCCUGCUGAUCAUCUUCAAAGGCAGCAAGCAUGUCCGGUGGUUUCCUCUGCUACAGACAGGCAGGAGGUACAUCAUCUCCAACCUCCGACUCUCUCGCCUAGAGAAGGGAACCCCGUCCGAGCUUCGGUUGCUACGCGCCAUGCAGGAGGAGGAACCAAGCAGGGAGGGAGCAAGGAGUGGUCAGAGUGAGAGCACACGUGUGUGGGAGGUUCUCUCCUCCCCUCCCCUUGCCGCUGCCACCACCAUCUCUCAGCCCAAGUCUCUGCAAAGUAUGGGGGAGGAGGAGGAGGAGGAGGAGGAGGAAGGAGCCUCGAGGAGGGGCGGGGUGGUGGAGUAUGAGGGGGUCCUGACAGGCGUGAGAGAGGAAGGGAUCCUCGUGCUAGACUCUCGCUGCUUCGUCUUCGCCCUCGCUCUCCCCCCCUCUUCUUUCGCUCUCCUCAGACUCGGCGCGAGGCUCCGCGUCGUCCACGUCCUCCCAGUCAUCACUAACGGCAGCAAAAUCGCCCUCGCAUGCUUCUCAUUCUCCUCCUUAGAGCUCGUCUCCUUCUCUCUCUCCUCUUCCCCCCCUCCUUCUCUUCCCCUGCUCAACCCCCUCUCUCUGCUCAGCCCCCUUUACCGCAGUCUGUCGCCAUGCCGCUUCUGUCGGACCCUCCCAAGUCUCCUGCAGCUUAUCCGCAAGUUUCGGAGCAGGAGGAGGCGGCGAGAGGAGAAGGAGGCGCAAGGCAGUGUGGGUGGGAGGAGGAUGGACUUGGUCUUCCUCCUCCUGUGCGGGGCGUUACGGCAGCCUGCCUUCAUGGGGGAGCUCAGAGAUGCGGAGCGAGAGGUGAAGGCCCAGGGAGGGAGGCAGAGUCAGUACCUGGCGUUUGCCAGAAGCCGCCGAGUGGAGUGCGAGGGAAGGGAAGCGAGGGAGGAAGAAGCCACUGAGCUCUACCCCUCCUGCAAGCAGCUCAAGAGAGACCAGGUUGGCGGUAGGAAGAACAAUGAAAAGCGAGGAGGAUCAGGACCCGCUACUGUCUCUCUGUGGGGCCAGGAGACGGGGCUGGAUGAAACCGACCUCGUUCACCUCUCGCUUCCCAGCUCCUACCCGCUGCUACCCAGCUUCCAGCUCGGUGACCUUGUGGCCCUUCGCUGCUUCCAGCUGAGCUUGUGUGGUUGCCCUCGCACUUGGACCCGUCGGGACGGCGCGGACAGAGGCUACGAUUUGGAGUUCGUGAGUUUUACAGCAGAGGAGGAGGAGGAGGAGGAGGAGGAGGAGGUGAGGGGGAGCAACCAGUGGCAUGGGGAGCAUAGGAGGAUUGAGGCGACGGAAAAGUCGCAGAGGGCCAUCGUGCUGCUACGACGAUCUACUGUGAAAUCAGUGGAGGGUGAGGAGGAGCUGACGAUAUUCGUCACGCGGAUUCCUGGGUCCGUCUACAGGCUCAAGGUCGUCUACUCCAGCAGGACGGAGGAGAAGUGGCAGGUCACCAUCGCCGUCAGCUCUGUGCUCUCGGCCUGCAAGCUGGAGGAGGAGGAGGAGGACUCGCCCUGCCGCGCCUUCCUCGACCUCUGCCGCCUCCGAUGGCAGGAGCUCUACCCCAUCCGCAGCGUUGCUGACCUCGUGGCUGUCGGCGAGGAACUUCCAGUCCGUUACGCUUCUCUGCGGGUUCUCCUGGUUGACAGGAGCUGGAGAUUAAAGCACACCUCCUCCGCUGCUACCGUCCUCCUCCUCCGGGCUGUCGAUCCAGGGGCCCCGGUGGCGGAGGAGGAAGGAGGAAGGAGGGAGGAGGGAGGCCGCGGUCACCGAGGGCUGCUCGGCCACGUGGAUGUCUACCUGGAUACUUCUCAGUUCUUCGCUCCUCCUGGCCUCCUGCCCGGGGCGAUGGUUCUCUUUCAUCACGUCUCGAUCGAGCGGAGGAGCGGAGGGCAGGUUGCCGCUGCUCGCGCGCUCCCUGCGCUGACUCGUGCAGCUCUCGUUGAUACUUAUUGGACGACGCCAAGAGUGCUGGGGGUGCUGGGGACAGUCGUAGUAGUGAAGAGGAUUGCGAUCGAGGCUGCAUGUCGCUGGUGUGGAACCGCGGAGUGUCUGGUGGACGAUGGAACGGGUCGAGCUUGGAUGCUGCUGGAGGGACGCGAGUUGCGGAUCAUUGGCAUCGCAAGUGAACUGGGAAGAGUGAUCUACGAGCAUGGCGUUGCUGCAGAAGCUCUUUCAAACCUCCUCUUCAUGGGCGAUGGAGAGCUGAAGGCCUCGGCAACCCAUCUCCUUGCCACCCUUGUGAUCAGGAGUUCCUCUUCGGGCGACUUGAACGAGCUUGAGUUUGUGUGCGAGUUUAUCCCAAGAAAGAGAGCUGCUGCGCCCCAGCUCAAGGAGACUGUGCUUGGAGUUCACCACGCUCAGCGCUUUUCCAUCAGCCUCUCUCCUCCCGUCCAGCUCUCCGUCCUCGAGAUUCACCGCAGAGACUUGACCAGUCUGGCCUACUCGCUUCUCCUUGCCUUGCCUACCAGUGGCAACCGGCCGCUUCCCUCGACAGGUUCGGGUCUGCCGAGGCGUCAGGCUGAGGGGGGCCCAGCACAAGCCCACCUGAAGCCUCCAUGA